GGCGGUGAGAGCGAAAAAAAAAAAGAGUGAAGAGAGGUAGAGCGAGCGAAAGAGAUCCCCCCCCCCUCGAGAGCGAAGAAGGGGCAGGAAGGAGGGGGCUCGAGCCCGCAAGCCAUGUUCUGGAAGUUUGAUCUCCACACGACCUCUCACAUUGACACCCUCUUGGAGCGUGGCAACGUGACCCUCUUUGAGCUUCUGGAUGAAGAGGAUGUGCUGCAGGAGUGCAAGGUGGUCAACCGCAAGCUGGUGGACUUCCUGGUGCAGCCCGAGCACAUGGAAGCACUGGUCACCUGUGUGACAGAGGAGCCCCCUGGAGACGUGGAUGAGAGAGUGCGCUACAAGUACCCAAGUGUGUCGUGUGAGAUCCUGACGUCAGACGUCACGCAGAUCAACGACGCGUUGGGUGAGGACGAGUCUCUGCUGCGGCGCCUCUACGGCUUCCUCCAGACUGGCGGUAUCCUCAACCCGCUGCUGGCCAGCUUCUUCAGCAAGGUCAUGGGGAUUCUUAUCAACCGCAAGACUGAUCAGAUAGUUGCCUUUCUGCGCAAGAAGGACGACUUUGUCAACCUGCUGCUAUGCCACAUCGGUACCUCGGCCAUCAUGGACCUCCUAUUGCGGCUCCUCACAUGCGUAGAGCAGCCGCAGCUGAGGCAAGACGUGUUCAAUUGGCUUAAUGAGGAGAAGAUUGUGCAGAGGCUCAUUGGGAUGAUCCACCCUUCAAAGGAUGACAAUCAACAUUCCAAUGCUUCGCAGUCCUUGUGCGACAUCAUCCGGCUGAGCCGUGAGCAGAUGAUCCAAAUUCAGGACAGUCCCGAGCCAGACCAGCUACUGGCCACGCUUGAGAAGCAGGAGACGAUUGAGCAGCUGCUGAGCAAUAUGCUGGACGGAGAACAGAGUGAGUCCGUCAUCGUCAACGGGAUCCAGGUCUUGCUGACUCUGCUGGAACCGCGCAGACCCAGGACGGAGCUGGGUGGCAUGGGGGGCUUUUACUGCAACCUGGAGGGGCAGAUGGAGGUGACCGGGCCCAACUGUGAAGUGGCUUCCAGCCAGGCCAGUCUGGGAACUCUGCUUGCCAUCAAACAGCGUCUCAGGGAGCUUCACCGGCUGCUCCUCGACCCACCAAAGAAAGAGGCCCUGCAGACAACGUGGGGAAUUCUAGACCCUCCAUUAGGAAACACGCGCCUGCAUGUGGUGAAGCUGCUGGCCAGCUCACUGGGCACCAACAAUGCAGCAUUGCAGGAUGAGAUUAUAGAGCUUGGGGCCCUCGACACGAUGUUGGACCUCUACUUCAAGUAUACGUACAACAACUUCUUGCACGCUCAAGUGGAGGCCUGCCUUAGCAGUGUUUUCAAUUCCCACGCUGGGGAUGAGACCAUUGAGAACCACUCGGAGCCCCUCCCAGAGCACCCUGUCAUCCAACAUUUGCUGCAGAAGUGUCGCUUAAUCCAAAGAAUCUUGUCUGCCUGGGAAGAAAACGAGCAGUCGCAGUCGGAUGGGGGCAGGCGCAAGGGCUACAUGGGGCACCUCACCUGCAUUGCCAAUGCCUUAGCUCAAGGCUCCGAGAAGUGGCCCCACUCCGCCCUCGUCAAGCAGCUCUUGAAAGAGCUGCCUGAAGAGGAGCAGGAGCAGUGGGAUAAGUUUGUUUCGGGGCCCUUGUCAGAGACUAACAAGAAGAACACUGUGGAUCUCGUAAACAUGCACAACCUCCACUCGUCAAGUGAUGACGAUGAGAACGACCUCAAGGAGUUCAGCUUCCCCCAGGAGGCUGUCCUGCAGCAGGCCUUUGUCGAUUACCAGCUGCAGCAGAUGACUUCUGUGUUCAUUGACCACUUUGGCUUUAAUGACGAAGAAUUUGGCGAGCAGGAAGAGAACGUCAACGCCCCCUUCGACAAGACAGCCAACAUCACCUUCUCCUUAAACGCGGACGACGAUAGCCCCAAUUCCAACCUUUUUGACAUCUGCUACAAAGAGCGGAUCCAGCAGUUUGAUGACGACGAGGAGGCUGACGGUUCUGACGGGGAGGACAUCUGGCAGGAGAAGGAGGCCGCUGUUUCUUCCGGCACGGCGCAGCCCACAGCAGUCAGAAGCCUUGGCAGCACCGACAGCGAGGACAGCGAGGACUCGGAAGAGGGAGAAGGCGGCGAGGAGGAGGAUCCUGGCGGGGGAGAGGGUGAUGCCCCGCACGUCAGCAACGGCUGCGGUGAACCAACGGAGGAGGAGAGAACGUUAGCAGAUUCCAACUGGGUGGACAGCCCCUCUGAUCUUUCCUCACCAUCUACGGUGCCCUCACAGCCUGUGGCAGCUGACACGGGCGCAGCAGUGUGGGACCGGCCCAAUUCAGAUGCCUCCCACCCCACCACAGAUGGGAACUGGGCCUCCUUUACAGAACCCCAGACGCAGCAAGAGAGUCCCUCCAAAGCACUUGUGGGCCCUGCCUCCUCUGCAAGCCUCCCUCAGGAAGUGGCACAAAGCAAUGUAUCACUAGCAGGAGCAGCUUCUAGUGUUCAACAGGAUCCUCCUACCCCAGACACAGGCCCUCCAGAAGGGUGUGACCCACCAAAUCCCUCCACCGUGACAACAGUAGCCAGCACAGUAGAACCUCCCCCAUCUACCUCUGAUUCCGCCCAACCGCUUCAGGGGACGACAGAGGCUCCACGACCUGAGCAUAGCUCCCCACAGACAGAGCAGCAGCAGCAGCAGCAACCACCGGUGGCCAGAUAAAGCCUCUCAGUGGGUCUCGUCGCUGGGGAAGGACCACGGCUGCUUGCUCGACCGAGUCCAUUUUGCCAGGGACUGUCCCCAGUCCUUCCGGUGCCUUCACCCCUGUGGGCAGGUGGGGGGGGGGGCAGAAGAGAAAGCAGCAAGGGGCAAUGAAACGGCCCAGCCUCUCUCCCUAUCUCACCCCGAGCAAUCACUGAAGAAAAUCAGGACCUGGUACCAACGAGCACCCGCGAGAGGAACGGAGGCGCACACAAGGGCAAAAGCAUCUUCCUCCUUGUGGCACGUUGGUUGGCGAAUCCCAGCAACAGCAUCCCUUGGGGAGGGAGGGUAGUCAGUCUCUCUCUCUCUCUCUCUCUCUCUCUCUCUCUCUCUCUCUCUCUCUCUCUCUCUCUGUCUCUCUCCCUCCCCCCUACUUCGGCACAAUGCCUUGCCCCCCCCCCCGCCCCCAAUACGCAUACAUGCACACUGCUGCACUGAGCAAACAUGUCUGUUUUGAUGCAAUUAAAAUUGACGCUUGAAUUGUACUAGACGUCUUCUGAUGGGGUAACACUGCGUAGGGCAAGGCGAAUAUCCAUCGAACACCCGUCUCUCUCGACCAUAGAGCUCCCCCCCGCCCCACAAGCACAAAUCUGCCACGUCUUUUCUCUUCUCCAUCCCUGCAGCAUCUGCCUCCAAAUUUGUCCAUGGGGAGGCAGUGGGGAUUAACAGAAGCGUCGCACAGGGCAAGACAGCUUGUGGGGUUGCUUCCGGCGGGUUGUAACGGCCGUCGCUGAAGACCGUGACUUCGAGCCGUAACGUUUAAAGCAGCAGCGAGGCGUGUGGGAUUAGGUGAUAGGUGCAGAGCCCGUAUGAAAUUUCCUUUCUACGUUGGGAUGAAAUCCCAUUUUUUGCAUCUUCACCUGCGUGUGCUCAGCUCCUCUGUCUCUGUUUUGAAGCUCAUCUCCAAAGAGAGCAGGGGUUGGCUAGGAGAUAAAAACUGAGCAGCCCUUCAUGUUCUCCUGGCUGAAACGAGUUGCUGUCUCCCACCCCAUCCCAUCCCAUCCCAGAACUGCCCAUCACUUGGGAGAGUGGGGCUACAACCAGUCUACUCAGUGAGAUAUAUUUGGGGGCGUUUUGUACGUAUGCCAAUGUGAAAUCUGGAUUAAUCCUUCCAAAAGUUAUUGUCAUCUUCAUCUCUCUGCCCCCAAUGUAUGUUCAGGAACUCACUGGGAUUUAAGCUUGACCUUUUCCUAUUUUCCUCCCGGUGGGUUCUGCUUCCGCCAUGCAUUCCCCCCCCCCCCGGCGCCUUUUUGGGGUAACCUGUUAAAGGGCUUGGUAGGAAGUCUUUCCCACAGACCCAAGUAUCGGCUGUAUUGGUGUCCGGGGCAGGAGAAGCACAAUAGCCUGUCCUUUGCAUGCUCCCUCCCAUGGCAACGGUUCUUGCAAAUGCAUCGGGGGAGGUGGGGAACGACCACAUACCCUUUCUGCAAGGGGCAUAGAUGCCCUUUGGCCUAGGAGAUGACCCUUCACCCCAAGUGGCGCAUCCAUGAUUUGGAAAAGCCCACCGGUUUCUUCUGGAGACAGCAGGGAAGUUCUGUAUGUCUCCUGCACUGGCGUGUUUUGACAGGCUCCCCCUCCAGUUUCAGUAUUGCUGAUAGAAGAGACGCCAACUGCACUUUGACAGAUAAAAGUGUUGUUGGUGUGACUCCCUUUUGGCCUGUUCACCUGCUGUUCUUUCCUGCAGCAAGUACUUUGUCUCCCUAAACGUACGCCACAUCUGGGAUCCAAAAAAUUGAGUUCUUCAGAGAUCAUUGGGGGGAAAGGGAGGGCUUCCAUUUGGGAGAACUGUCUUGCAGAAAGUGGAAGAAUUCCUUGUACUUGCCUCCAGUAUAUAUCCUAGAAAUUAACUUCAGAUCCCAGCGUAUUCUCCCCCCUCCCGCACACACACACUUCCAUCAAAUCCCAGAAUUGCUUGGGUUGUGCAGGGGAGGGGGACACACACACACAUUUUUUAACUUACUAAAAAACAAACUCUCCUCCAGAGUUCUUGCUCCCAAGUCACAAGGCCCAAAUGACCCUUGUAGAGCAUCCAGGGGACCAGACUUUCAGCCUCACUCCUCCAUAAUUCUUGCUCCAAAAAAGACUUCCCCACACCCAUCCUUGAAGGGGGCCAAGGAGCUCUCGUUCCCAUCCCUCCGGGACCUACCCCCUGCCAACUCCUACAGCAUUCUCCACCAAAGGCCCCAGAAUUAUUGCUUUUUCUCCCUCUUCUUCUGACCUCCCGCCCCAAGCUGUUGACAUCUUUUGGACUUUCUGUAGCUCCUUUUAUAGUGUUUAAAAAUAAAAAUAAAAUCACUGCCUCAUCCUUGCCUCUGACAAACAGAAUCAGGACAAGAGCACUGCAAAGGCUCAGCCGAGAAUGCCUUGGGAUCUGGAGGGUAGGUGAUGCCAGUGCCUGUGGGGGUGGCAAGAAGAUUGAAUACCAGGGUUUGUGGAGGGUCAGUCUUUGAAUAUCAAGGGGUGGUAGGAAGAGAAGUCAUAGUGGGGGGAUCUUUCCCUUGCAUAAGCACUAAGCCUCCUUCCCCUCCACUCCACCUCUUUACUUGCAGGUGGCCAGAAGAGUUAUAACCCCCCUCCUGUCUCUCCCUUCCCACUCCAAUAUAAGUGGCAAUAUUUCUUGAAAGCUCUUAAAACACAAGACAGAAUUGGCCUUUCGCGUCGUCUGCGUCAUGCCAUUUCGGUAUUUUUUUCCCCUUUUUUCCCUGUGUGUGUACGUGUGUGUUCUGUUUGAAUAAAGAGAUUCUAUGGCCAUAA